UUGAUGGUUUUGACCACCCUGGCGGAUACAAACAAUCCAGAGGUCGAAGACCUCGAGGAAGUGGCGCGUUUAGCGCAGCGACGAAUGCUGGACGUCAUGCUCGGUGUGGUGCUUUCUAUGUUCGCCAAUAUCACCUUCUUCCCCGAGCGGGGCGUGGACGAGCUGCGCAACCGUGAACUGCUCUCCAUCGAGCGCACCAGCGCUGCCCUGCGCCAGAGCUGCGUGGCCUUUGCGCGCCUGGCGGAGGGACACGUGGACGACGUGGCGGACGAGGCCUGGGCGGACCUUCGAUCUGACGUCAUGGCAUCGGUGGAGGCAAUGAACUUCGCAGGAGAUGGCAAAGCCGGUGUGGCUGAUUUGCUAUCGGAUGCGUACUUGGAAAGCAGCUGGCGAGUUGAUAAUGGAACCGUUCUAGGUGGCGUUUUGUGGGUGCCUUGUGGUGGAAACAGCUUUCCGGGGCAGCGGUGCUUGCAGGCCGUGCUGAGCAUUUCCAGGAUGCUGCGUAUCACCUAUAUGUUGACAUGCCUUUGCGAGUCUGGUUUCGAAGAGGGAGCGGAUCGGCCGUUGGCACAUGAUCCCAUGGUGCUACAAGCCUUGGGAUCCAACGGCGAAGCCAUCGGAGACGACUUGGACAGAGCCAUCGCCGUCCUCAAGCCUCACCUCGAACCGCAGCGCUGUUUUCAGCGAGGUUCUCAACGAGACAAGCAGAAACUGCUGGAGGCCCUGGAGCGAUUGGAGGAGCGCCUGGAGCAGCUCUUCCGCGGCUGCGCGCUGAGCCGCGUCAAGGUGGGUGGCCUGGUGAUGACGCAGCACCCGCAGCAGAGCGAGGGCGCCGCGCGCUCGGCUGCGGCGAUCAAACUUCUCCACGGCGCGGUCCAGAGUUUCAUCGUGGUUUGUAAACAACUGG